AUGGUUGAACGCAGAACAAAGUGUAUAUGCGAAAUUGUCAGCAACCGUUCUGAGAUAAUCUAUGCAAAUUGUGUAUGCAACGACGGUUACAUAGGUAACCCAUAUGUUGUGGAUGGAUGCGUAGAUAUUGAUGAAUGUAAAAUGAGUUUAUAUACAUGUGAAGAAGGACAAGAUUGUGUAAAUACUCUUGGACACUAUAAAUGCGUUGGCGACAAGACUAAAUCAAUACUAAUAGGGGUCGGUUCAGGUUUUGGUGUCUUAGCCUUAGUUGGUGGAGUUUGGUGGUUGAGAAAGUUUCUAAUAAAGAGAAGGAUGGAAAAGAGGAAGAAGAAGUUCUUUAAACGUAAUGGGGGACUACUGUUGCAACAAGAACUAAACACAAGCGAUGGUAAUGUCGAAAAGACAAGAAUCUUUAGCUCAAGAGAGCUAGAGAAAGCCACUGAAAACUUUAGCGAAAACAGAGUUCUUGGACAUGGAGGUCAAGGCACUGUGUACAAAGGUAUGCUUGUAGAUGGUAGAACAGUUGCAGUCAAGAAAUCCAAAGUUAUAGAUGAAGACAAACUACAAGAGUUCAUUAACGAGGUGGUGAUUCUCUCCCAGAUCAACCAUAGACAUGUAGUCAAACUCUUGGGAUGUUGUCUUGAGACAGAAGUUCCUAUCUUGGUUUAUGAGUUUAUCCUCAACGGAAACCUUUUCCAGCAUAUUCAUGAAGACUCAGAUGAUUACACCAUGAUAUGGAAAAUGCGUCUACUCAUUGCUGUGGAUGUCGCAGGAGCUCUCUCUUAUCUUCAUUCUUCUGCAAGUUCUCCGAUAUAUCACCGAGAUAUCAAGUCAGCAAACAUACUAUUAGACGAGAAGCACAGAGCCAAGGUGGCUGAUUUUGGAACAUCAAGGUCAAUAACUAUAGAUCAAACUCAUUGGACAACAAUUGUUUCAGGUACAGUUGGGUAUGUGGAUCCAGAGUAUUACCGGUCUAGCCAAUAUACAGACAAGAGUGAUGUUUAUAGCUUUGGAGUCAUGCUAGCGGAACUUAUCACUGGAGAUAAGCCUGUCAUAAUGGUGCAAAACACUAGAGAAAUAGUAAGCUUGGCAGAUCGUUUCAGACUUGCCAUGAAGGAGAAGAGACUUUCUGACAUUAUAGAUGCUCGAAUAAAAGAGGAUUGCAAACCGGAACAAGUAAUGGCAGUGGCAAACCUGGCCUUAGUGUGCUUGAGCUCGAAAGGAAAGAAACGACCAAAUAUGAGAGAAGUUUUUACGGAGUUGGAGAGAAUUUGCACUUCUCCAGCGGAUUCACAGGUGCAGAUUCACGUUGAUGAAGAAGAUGAAGAGGAGGGAGAGGAAGAAGAAGAAGCUAGUAAUAUGAUAAACAAGGUAGAUUCUUUGGUAUUGUGGCUUCGCCUUCUUCUUCAGAUGCUGAACCAUUAUUUCCUCGUCCCACAUGACUCUCCGUCAUUAGUUGAAGCCAGUGAAGUGGUUAAUGGCAGCAGCGGUUUGACUAGUGAGCAUGGGAAUAAUCUCACUCCAGAAAUAAAGGAGGAAGCUGCAACAACUGAGACCGGGACACCAGUCUGA